GACUGCUCAUGAUGAAUGGAGAGUCAAGAAUGGGACAGAAAUUGCUUCAAGUUUCACCGAUCAGCUUUUGUUGCCGGAGUUUUGCCGGAGACCUGCCUGCUUCCUAAAGCUUGUCAGGAUUUUGUAAUCUGAAUGUAGUUAUCAAGAAUUGCUCGGUUAAAGUAAGAAUUGCUCGGUUAAAGUUGAUCUAAACCAAGGAUCUGCAGCUAUAUUUAGGAACAAAGAAAAAUGGUGCAGUUCUCUUCUAUUUUCACUGGCUUUACCAAAUCUAGAAAUGGGAGGAAAAGUAAACAUGAUGUCGGAAGGGAAGCUGCGGAUGCAAUGGCUAAGGAAGCCAAAAAGAACGACAUGAUGUUAACAUCAUCUGGCUGUGUAGCUGGUGGCUCUGAGAAUUUGGCUGCUGUUUUCUCCAAAGGAGGGAAGAAGGGUAUCAAUCAGGACAGAUUUCUUGUAUGGGAGGACUUUGGAUGCCAAGAUGACAUGAUUUUCUGUGGGGUGUUUGAUGGGCAUGGUCCUUGGGGUCAUCUUGUUGCUAAAAGAGUUAGAGAAUUGAUGCCACCAACUUUGCUUCGUAAUUGGCAGAAACGGGUUGCCAACUACAUGGAUGGCGAUGGGAUGGGAAUAGAUGAAAGCUAUUUCCAGUUUGACAUUUGGAAGCAAUCUUACUUUGAGACUUGCUCCAUCAUAGAUCAAGAGCUCGGGCAGCAUGCUGACUCUUUCUACAGUGGUACAACAGCUUUGACGCUUGUUAGACAGGGUGAUCUACUGGUAGUAGCAAACAUUGGAGAUUCUCGAGCUGUAUUGGCAACAACAGAUGAUGAUGGUAGUUUAGUACCAGUUCAGCUCACUGUUGACCUCAAACCCAACUUACCUCGUGAAACCGAGCGAAUAAUGCAGUCAAGAGGGAGGGUGUUGUCGUGCGACGAUGAACCAGGGGUAUACAGAGUGUGGAUGCCCAUGGGGGAAGGACCUGGAUUAGCACUAUCAAGAGCCUUUGGUGAUUACUACAUAAAGGACUUUGGCCUUAUUUCUGAACCAGAAUUGACAUCAAGAAAUAUAACCCACAGAGAUCAGUUUGCCAUCUUGGCAACAGAUGGGGUAUGGGAUGUUUUGUCAAACCAAGAAGCAGUGGAGAUAGUUUCUUCAACACCAGAAAGGGAAGAAGCACCUAAGAGACUGGUGGAAAGUGCUAUUUGUGCGUGGAAACGCAAACGAAGAGGCGUUCCCAUGGAUGACAUCUCUGCAAUUUGCCUUUUCUUUCAUAACUGUAUUCCUCCUUCCAAACGACAGGAUUGUCCAAAAUUCGAGAAGAAGUUUACAUGAACUA